AUGACGUGGCCCAGCUUUGUCACCAUAGACGCCCCCGAUACCGGGUCCCGGAAUGGCGACCCUGCCGAAUCCCGCAAACUCAAAGCUGCGGUGGUUGAGUCGUCGCUGAUUAUCCACAAUCCACCAGACAUCCCGCUAAAGGCCGAGAUCCUCGGCGUGUGUGUGGUCUCGAUGGAGAAUGCGGACCAAAACAAGUACGGCUGGAUCGUAGCCGACUUCCUGCGUUGGAAGACACUCUUCCAUCAGGUUGGAAACAAAGCGGCGCAGACUUGGUUGAGCUCUCUUGAUAUUGCCGCCUUUCUUGAAGGUGUUGCCGGACUGGACAUCAAUAAUUCCGACGAGGUGGCCCAGAAGAUUCUGGGCGGCAAAAACGACCACAUCGUUGGCCUCCCGACCGACGCCGUGGAUCUGAAGGCGAGCGUCUUGAAACACAUCAUUGACCGUGCUCGUGUUGCCAAAGAGAAUGACACAACGCUCUUCAUCAUGGUAUUUGCGCCAGUCACUCCGGAGCAAGAUAUCUGCAUUGAUUUCGAGAACCAAGACAAGAUUUACUUGCCGGCUGAUCAAAUCCGCCAAGUUAUCUGGGAGGCUGUUGAUCAUACCGACCAGCCAGUCAUCCUCAUGACCUCAUCGCCCUUCACCGGAGGUUGGGCCUGCAGUCCUUCAAUCAUGGGCACCUGCACCGUGUCCGACCGGGUCCUCAACAUCAUGUCAAAGUCUUGUGGAGCCGCGUUUGCAAAUAGGUUCAUCGACCUCUGCACGACGAGACGCACGCCCCUUUUGACCGACGACCAGCGUAUCAUGGUGGAGUACGACGAUAUGAUGCCACUUCGUCCGACGGACCUGCAGAUCGAGCUUCUCCAUAAAUUCCAGCGCAAGAUUCACGAAGUUUUGGAGCAGAGACUCUCGGGACUCGCAGUUCAUCACGCCCUGGAUUUCGAAGAAUCGAGCGAUGCCUGGACAACUUAUGCUCCUCGCACUGGUCGUCCUCUUGCCGGAUUCUGGGCCAAGCGGUGGGACAAGCCAUCCGUAGCCGUGGACCAAAACAUCGACCGCUUCGAGUUUUUCGGAGAAGCAUUUGGAGGUACUCGAGCCUCACAGAUAUUCCACCUCAAGUAUCUCGCAACUAUCGAGCUUGAGACUUGCCCCGGAGAUUGGACUAGAGGAGUAACUGGAAUUACUCACUCACUUCUGUCUGAGUUCUUGGCUACUCGAUUCCCAGAAGAGGCUCAUGUCAAACGCGUUUUCGACUCCAUCGAAUUUCGAGGCUCAUCAAUGAUUGUGGCCCAAGUUGUUGCCAAAUACCUAGAUCUUCCCGAACCAGAUGGUGUCAAAUGCCGCUAUUGGAGUGAAAAGCUCCUUGAUCGAACUCUUGAGCACAAAUUUAGGGUUGCAUUUGGCGAUAUCCACAACCUCUUCGACCAAGUUGCAGUUCCUCCGGGAGAGAAGCGCCACGAAUACAAGACCGUACGAUUCUGGAGAGCCUCUCGCUGGCUCGCUACUGCCAUCGCCAUGAGGUUCGCAGAUGCGUCUGACAAAGAGAUACAAGAUUUUAUCUCGAACGAGGUUAGGUCUCUUUUCGGAAAGAUUUUCAAUACCCAACUUACUCUCUUGUUGAGCGACCAGUCUGUUACUUGCCUUGGUAAUGCUUGGCUUGCUUGGCUUGGUUUG